UCAAAUAAUAUUUUAUGAUUGAUAUUUUGAUUGAUAUUCUCUAGUUGAGAAAGUGAUAUUUCAUCAUGAGUAUGUGAUUAAUUUAUAGUAGAAGAAAAACAAAAUAGUUUUAAAUAUUUAAAUUUAGUUAAUAUGCGAUGAUAAAAAAAGAAAGAUAUUUUUGUAUUUUCUCAUAAAAUUUAUAGUCCGCGUGUACAUCGACUGGGAACCUGUUGCUUGAAUAUUCUUCGGCAUUGACCGAGCUAUAUCACGGCCAGGAACUUUUACCUUUAUCAUGCGCGUGCGUUUCAAUCGAUCGCUUCUCUUACAAUUUUCUUUCCUGUCAAAUGCACUUUUCGUUACUAAUAUUUUUGAUUAAAAGGAAUUUAAAAAAAAGAAGUUAUGGAAUAUAGAUAAUUCGCUUUACAAAAAAAGAAAAAAGAAAAUUUCAAGAAAUAGAAUUUUGCUAUUAUGACAAACAUGAUUAUUAUUAUUAGUAAUAAAUCAAUCAAUAAUCAGAACGCAUUUAAACGACAUUUUGAAUAACAAGUUUCAAAGAGAAUGAUGACGAAAAGAGGAGACUGAUAUACGGAAAUAAUAUAUAUAGAUGAAAAAAUGAAUUUUGUUUUGAUAUUACUUGUUAUUUAAUCGUAACAAAAAUAUAUACGUACUCAGUAUGCGCGCGCCUUAUUCAUCGAUUUUUGCAAACAUUAUUGCGUGACCUAAUAUAUCUUCUAUUAGUUUUGAAAUUUUGUUCUCUAUUUCUUGAAUAUCAAUAAUAUCAGAAGACUUAAUCUGUAACGUAGUCUUCGUAUAGGAAUCAAUAAUGUAUAUUUAAUUUUGUUCACGUGUCGCAUGAUUGUCGCUGGUCACGCUGCUGCUAUUCAGCAACGUUAUGGUAAUAAUAAUCAAGUUAUUUCUGGACGAUGAUUGGUAACAAAAACAGUAACAAUAUAAUGAAUUGAGAUGAUAGUGGUGGUUAUCUCAGUUGUUGACGAUGACAGUAGUGGCGGUGAUUAUGACGUCGGCGAUGGCGUGAACAGUGGCAGUGAUAUCAGCGAAUAUUAUAUCUAAAACUUAAUAACGGGAAUGUGAACGCGUCCACGCAAUAAUCGUGGUUAAAGACACUCGGAACAAUAAAAUCAUGUGGGCUGCAGUCACGAGAUCUUUGGAAAUACUGGUUGCCUUCUUCGAAUAUUACACUACCAGAGCGCAACUGGAAACAACCGGUAGUCCAGCGAAUAAACCAGCAUCAUCGGCAAGUGGAAGUGGCACAGGCGGAAGUAGUGGGACAAGUGUCGGUGCGAAUAACUUGACGACAAGCGGAGUAGCCACGGGAAGUAGCGGAUCUGGAUCUGGAGCAGGCGCCACUGUAUCUGGCAUUGGCACUGUGAAUGCAGGGACUAGUGGUAUCAGCAUCGGGGCGAAUGUUGGUACCGGAAAUGUGGCCAGUGGAACAGUUGAAUCUCGUACAUCGACGAUUGGAGUACAAAAUAAACAAUUGCAAAAUGUCAAAGGAGAACAUCCUUCCAAAGCAUUCCUACAAAAUAGAUCGAUGUCUUUAGUGGACAUGUACAUUGAUAAUUCGGAGCCCAGCGAAAACGUUGGUCAAAUUCAUUUUAGUCUGGAAUAUGACUUUCAAAAUACUACGCUUAUCCUACGUAUUAUACAGGGUAAAGAUUUGCCAGCAAAGGACUUAUCCGGAACGUCCGAUCCUUACGUUCGUGUAACUCUUCUGCCGGACAAAAAACACCGACUUGAAACGAAGAUAAAGAGACGCACGCUAAAUCCUCGAUGGAACGAAACAUUUUAUUUCGAAGGUUUUCCAAUUCAAAAGUUACAAAGUCGAGUGUUACAUUUACAUGUAUUUGAUUACGAUCGAUUUUCAAGAGAUGAUUCCAUUGGAGAAAUGUUUCUUCCGCUAUGUCAGGUCGAUUUUUCGGACAAACCUUCGUUCUGGAAAGCUUUAAAACCUCCAGCAAAAGAUAAAUGUGGAGAAUUAUUGUGUUCUUUAUGUUAUCAUCCGAGUAAUUCCGUAUUGACUUUGACACUUUUGAAAGCUAGAAAUUUGAAAGCAAAGGAUAUUAAUGGGAAAUCAGAUCCGUACGUAAAAGUAUGGUUACAAUUUGGAGAUAAGAGAAUUGAAAAACGAAAAACUCCUAUAUUUAAAUGUACUUUAAAUCCAGUAUUUAAUGAAGCUUUCUCAUUCAACGUACCAUGGGAAAAAAUUCGCGAAUGCUCGUUAGACGUAAUGGUAAUGGACUUUGAUAACAUUGGUCGAAAUGAAUUGAUUGGACGAAUUCAACUUGCAGGAAAAAACGGAAGUGGAGCAAGCGAAACAAAACAUUGGCAAGAUAUGAUUACGAAGCCACGACAAACAAUCGUACAAUGGCAUCGAUUAAAACCGGAAUAAAGAUCCCAAUAAAAUCCAAAAUGUCAAAAAUUUAAAAGUAGAUCGAUGGUUGCUAUUUUAUUUAAUUCUUCUUAUUCGAUUGAUUGUAAUGCAGAAUGAAAAAAGGAAAAGAUUGAAGUUCUACAAGAGAGAUUUCCCCAUUUUCAAGAAUAUAUGAUGAGCAUAUAAAACAUUAUUCUUAGCGAGAGGAACUUCUCUCGUGUUACAGUUAAAUUAUUCUCUUCAAUAUCGGUACUUCUCGUUGGUUAUUUAUUUAUUUUUCUUUCUUAUUAUGUACAACAACGAUUCUAGAAUGAAUAUAUCGAAUUCAUUAUCUUUGCGUAUAAAUUCGUUCUCACAUGAUUCAACUUUGACUCAUGCAUCGCAAUGUUUUCAUAUACAUAUAAUAUACAUAUAUAGAGGAACCGACAAGACGCUCGAAAGCGUAAUCAAUUAAUAUUACUUUUAAAUUUUUAUUGACAUUUAACAUUGAAUGUUAUUUUUAUGACUGUUUUGCACGAGUAAAUACGUAUAGAGUACGUAAUACUGUUGCUUCGAAAUCCGUGAUGCGUCAAGCGUCCUCAACUCUAUUUAUAUCCGGUGUCUUUCGAUUAUGGUAUUAUGACUGGUCUAGAAAAAAAUUUAACGAUAAAAAAUUUAAUGAAUUUUCUAUAAUUGUCUUUUAAUAAUGUUGCAUUUAAUGAAGAUUACUAAUAGAUAUUAUUUUUCUAAUUGAAUGUUAGAUGUGAUGAUUUUUUAUCUUUAUUCAUAUUACUUGUAUUUUUUUCGUUUAUCAUAUAUCCAUUCAGGAUCAAAUCAAUCAUUUCUUUUUUUUUUCUUUAUUUAUUUUAUGAUAUAUCAUUGAUCAUUGCAUAGAAAUACAAUCGGAGCAAGACACCGGAAUAUAAUGUUGAAUUUUCAUAAGUAGAAUCCAUAAAACAGCGAUAUUUUUGACGGAAUUUUUGUAUCGACUUAGUCGGAAAUCUUUUGAAAGCGAUGAAAAUUGUGAUCGGUGUUACACCUUGAAUUAAUCUUAAGCGUUAAAUUCGAUAGUUUGCUGUUGUUAACGAUAACACGUAGAAAGAUCCUUGAGAUCAAAUUCAGAUGGCGAUUUUGCAUACAUUAUAAGUAUGUUGCGCUCGUGUACGUGUAUAUGUACGUUUGCAUAUACGUGUGGUAUUUGUGUGCCGAAAUGCGAAUAUUCUUGUAUAUGUGUCGAAUGUGCAGUGCGUCGUGAAAGAAACAACGAUAAUUCUAAUUAUUCACAAACUGAAAAGCGUUACGUAGCUACGUUUAGCGUAGCGCUUUUAGGUUAGAUGCGUAGACUGAAAGUGUAAAAAUCGAUAUUGCAGCAAAGAUAUAUAUUCUGAGCAGCAUAAUCGAUGACUGAUCGAAUAUUUUUACAUUAUGUGAUUUUACAAAUUAACAAAUUACUAAUGUAUAAUAAUUGAGCGUAUAAAAAGCGUGCCGCUUUUUAGUCAAGCUACGUAUCACGCUAGCGAGAUCGAGCGACGAAUUUUUACACGAGAAUCAAUCGAUUUUUUUCGUGUUAUGUUAAAUUCGUCUAAAUCCAUCACAUGAACAUAUAUUGUAUUUCCAUGUUGAUGGUAUGGCAUUAAAUACAAUGCAUGAGACGACGCACGCACGCAUGCACGUAUAUACUUAUGUCCAUAUACGUACGCAUCAUAUAUAUAUAUAUAUAUAUAUAUAUAUAUAUAUAUAUACACGAGCACUGUUGCAUAUAAAAUUAAAAAAAAUUUGCACAAAUACGCAUAUGUGUGUACACCUAAUUAUCAGGUAGCACAAAAAAUCAAUUAGACUAACAUUUGUAUAUCGUAGAUUGUAUAUUAUACUGUUGCAUAACAGUUGAAAUGCAAAAACAAAAAAAUAUUACGAUUUGGCAUAAAUCUGUUAGAAAAAAAUAAAUUCCCCCCUCCUUCAAAAGAAAAAAACAUGUUGAAACAUUCUUAUUCAAUUGAAAUCGAAAACCGAGCGAGUGUGUAUGUAUCUGAUAAAUGCCAUGUGUAAAAUUCAUAGUGUUUAGCUCUUAAAUAAAUACAUUCAUUGUGCAUUUAUAAA